GUCAACAAGCGGAAAGUGGUAAGAAAGAAGGGAAUAUCGGAGGAAAUCUGAGCAACCGCGGCAAAACAACAACAACAACACGUACACAGUUGCUGGAGCGCGUCCACAAACCUUCCCUCGACGCGCCUCGUCCCGCCCUUUCCCCAACAUCUUUCACUCUCAUUCAGAAUGUCUACUCAAGUCCGCCUUGUCAACGAAGCAGAGCUAACCAGCGCCAUCCGCAGUGUGCGAGACGACAAACAACCCACUAACUGGGUUCUCGUCGGGCACGCUCAAGAUGGAACAGACCCAAACGCGCUCGUGUUGGUUUCAACUGGUGAAGAUGGCUUUGAAGGUCUGAAGCGAGCAUUGUCAGACGACCAUGUGCAAUAUGCCCUCCUCCGAAUGACAAACAAAGUCGACCUGAGCACCACCGUCAAGUUUGUCUAUAUUUAUAACUUUGCGGAUAAGCUCAGUUUUGCCAAAAAGGGGCGGUUUGGAGUGGUUAAGGGUGAUGCAACAAAGUAUUUCAUGCCAUUCCAUGUGGAAAUUGAGAUUGGAUCCCGCAACGAAUUAAUCGAAGAGGAAGUGGUGAAAAAGAUUGAAGCCGCAGCCGGUAAUUUGAACAAUGUGCGCGAGGCAGACUUUAUAGAAGGCAAACAGGAACGCGGCUAUACAGCUCGUACAACUGUCCGUCGUAACUCCCUAGAGAAUGUACCGCUGUCGCGAUCUAGCACUACUUCCAACACUACCGGCUCGACACCAAAUCUCAACGCAGCGUUCCAAGGAAACACGGGCUCAAGUAACAACCUGCAUAAAUCACAGUCCAAUAUCCAAAAGGGGGCGAAGCCCUCUGCCGCCACCCAGAGCCAAGGGGUAACCCUUGGGACUGAACUGCUGGAGGCCAUCAAGGAUCUUCGAAAUGAUAAAACGCCCACAAAAUGGGUUGUGGGAACUUACCAAGAUGGGAACAUUGCAAAUCCUAUUGUAUUGAGUGCAAAGGGUGACGGUGGUGCAGAGGAAAUGAAACAAAAGUUUGCUCCGGACGGUAUCGCGUACAGCCUGAUCAGAGUGACGGACUUUGUAGAUGGCCAUCCGACCGUUAAAUUCGCCUUCGUCACCUUCAUUGGGCAGCAAGUAGGCAUCAUGAAAAAGGCCAAAAUCAGCACACAUAAGGGAGGAGUCACAGAGCACUUUGCUCCCUACCAUGUGGAUUUCACGAUUUCCGAAAGACGUGAAAUCGAUGACACUGUUAUCAUGAACAAAGUAUCGCGAGUAUCUGGCAGCCGUAGUAUGGUCAAAUAGUGCCCUUCCCAUUGACGUUUAUUUUCUGAAUGAAGGAGUAUAUAUAUUUUAUAUCAUAAAUGGUUAUAGUGUAACUACCUGCUCCUCCAGUCUGUUUUUGCAAUGCACACAUUUGCCAAUGUCUUCAGAGCAAGUUUCAUCCUGCU